AUGGGACCUCACCGUUUAUUCUGGAAAAUGAUCUGGAAGCUCAAAAUCAUUCCAAAGAUUUGUAUUUUUGCUUGGAGAGUGGGUCAUGAAAUUCUGCCUACAAAUUCAAAAAUUGCGACCAUUCAACCUUCAUUGAAUCCGGCUUGCCAGCGUUGUGGGACUGAAACGCUCAUUCAUGCGUUAAAGGACUGCCCAACUGCGAGGGAGACACUGAAAUGUGGAGGUUUUGACGAUAGAUUGAACUCAUGGAAUAACAGAAAGAACUUUACAUUUCGUGGUAAAGAGGAGGAUGCAAGUACUAAAUGGACUAGAGCUUUGACGUUAAGCAACGAUUUCAAGAUCCAUAACUUAAGCGAAAAACCAAUGCUCCCUUAUCAACCUAUUGGUCGUAAAUGGAUAAAACCGCCACGAGAGAUGAUGAAAAUAAAUGUAGAUGUUGCCAUUGAAGAGGGGAAAAUGGGGUUGGGUGUGAUUAUCAAGGAUGAAGAUGGUUUUGUUUUGGGAGGGUAUGGUUGCGUUAAAGAUUUGACAUUUAAUAGUGAGUGGGCAGAAAUGAUGACUAUUGAGGAAGGAGUCAGCCUGGCAAAAAGCUUGAAUUUGAAAAGGGUUCAAUUCGAGUCUGACAGUUCAAACAUAGUGAAUAAAAUUAAUAGAAGGGAUCAGGAUAUAAGGUUUCUGGGUCAGCGAGCUAAAGCCAUUUAUAAGAAGCUGAGGUCCUUUGAGGAAGCUGUCAUCAAGUGGGCGCCUAGAUCCAGCAAUAAGAUUGCUGAUUUUAUUUGCAAUUUUGUGUUAAGUAAUAAUUGUAUUUGGAAUUUCGAUGUGAAUUAUUCAAAAGAGAUUCACGAUCUUGUAAUUCUGGAUGCUAUUAAUGAAAGCUAG